UGAACCUCAGGCCACCUCUCUCUUCGUCCAUCCAUUUAUUAAGCUCCCGGGAUUCUCCCCUAUUCUAUAUAAUUUUUAGUGGGGUGCUUUUAGGGUUUCUUCAUCAUCCUGGUUAAUCUUCCCAAAAUAAGUUGUUGGCUCUCCAAGUUAACAUGGCAAGAACAAAAAGCAAGGCGAAUGUUGCUGUUUCUAAUGUCCCAUCAAAUGUGGAGCUGGUCUCUGGCAAUGAUACAAUUGCUGAAGCUGCUCCAUCUGGGUCAGUGGAAACUGAAGAAGCAGCAAUGACCACGGUUCCUGUUAAGUCUGAUGAAACAGAGAAAAAAGAAGAGACCAAAGAUGGUCAUGAUGAGUGUGGAGAACUAAACGAGAAAGAAAAGUCUGAAGAUGAUCCUGAUGAGUCUGGGCCUGAGGAACUAUCUGAGGAAGAACAGGCAGAAGAUGAUCCUGAUGAGUCUCAGAGAGAAGAUGCAAUAAAAGAGAGUGAAAAUGAAUCUAAGAAAAUAAAUGAGAUAGAAGGUCAAGAGAGCAAACAGAAUGUUGAUGAUUUGAACCAUGAUAACAAGAAAGAGACCAUGGAUGCCCUUGAUAAGUCUGAGGAAGGAGAUAAAGAAGAACCCAAAGUAGCAUCUUUGGGAACUGAAUGUGAAAGGGUUGAAGGAGGUGCGCCUGAGGUCAAAGAUAAUGCUAAAGAAGAAAACAAACCUGAUAAAAAGGUCAUGAGGAUGAAGAAGAGAAAACAGAAAGUAGCUGCCAAUGGUGCAGCUUCUGAUGACACCAAUAAAGCUCUGGGAACUGAUGUUCCUCAAGUUAAAAAGAUUGAAGGAGAUGCAACUGAGAUAAAAAAUAAUGGUAAAGAAGAAACCACACCUAAAAAAAAUGCCAAAAAAAUGAGGAACAGAAAGAAGGCAGCUGCCAGCGCUGCAGCUUCCAGUGAUGCCAAUAAAUCAAAUGAUGCUGAUAAGCAAGGGACUUCAGUUGCAGAGAAGAAAGUUUUGACGAAGGCUGAUGGUAUGGGAAUUAUUUUCAUGUGCAAUGCUAAAACCAAGAAGGAUUGUUUCCGUUAUAAAGUCUUUGGUCUCCCGGCAAGCAAAAAGGAUGUAGUUGCGAAAAUUUACAAGGGCAUGAGACUAUUUCUAUUUGAUGUUGAUCUCAAGCUCAUGUAUGGAAUCUACAAAGCUGCUAGUCCGGGGGGUUAUGAUAUUGAACCCAAGGCGUUCAAGUCAGCAUUUCCCUCUCAGGUUCGUUUCCGUGUGCUUGAUGAUUGCUUGCCCUUGCCAGAAGAGAAGUUCAAAUCAGCGAUCAAAGCAAACUACUAUGGUAGGAACAAAUUCAGUUGUGAACUAUCUGUAGAACAGGUGAAGAACCUAUGCAAGCUCUUCAAAUCUGCAGGCAAGAUCUCUAAAUCGAAGAGGUCCAGGGAAGUUAUCCGAGCAGAACCUGAGCCGAUUUCUUCAUCUCGGGGCCGGAAGAGGUCACGCAAGGAAAGACCAAGAGCAAGACAAAAUGAGAACAUUCCGAGAAUUCACGAUUCAUACGCAGAAAGGGAACCAUAUGCAUCCCCACCUCGUCACGUUAGGGAAGUCAUCAGAGCACAGCCGGAGCAGGCUUCCUCUUCUCGCAGCAGGAAGAGACCUCGUCGUGAAAGAGUUGGGCGGGAUGACAAUCGUGAAAGAGCGAGGCGGGAUGACGAUCGUGAAAGAGUGAGGCGGUAUGGUGAUCGUGAAAGAGUGAGGCGAGAUGAGAAUAGUCCAAGGGGUCACGACUUGUACCCAAGGAGAGAAGCUUAUGCAGCUCCACCUCGCUCAUUAGCAUUCCCUUCUCAGCAACAACCCCCUGUACCCUAUGCAUAUGGUCAAUCAGUGGAUGAUUUCUAUUACAGGCGAGAGGCACCUAUGCUCGAAACAAGGGAUAAUAGGGUUGUCGAUUUAGAGACGAGGCCUCGUGAGGCCCUUUUAUAUCGUGAUGCUUACAGCUUGUACUCGGACCCCUUGGCCAGAGAGGCUGUGUAUAGGGAGCCUUUGCCUAGGGAGGCUUUGUACAGGCAGCCUUUGCCUUUGACUUUACCCAGGGAGCCUGCAUAUAGAGAGCCUUUGUCAAGGGAGGCUUUAUACAGGGAGCCUUUGCCCAGGGAGCCUGCAUAUAGAGAGCCUUUGUCAAGGGAGGCUUUAUACAGGGAGCCUUUGCCCAGGGAGCCUGCAUAUAGAGAGCCUUUGUCAAGGGAGGCUUUAUACAGGGAGCCUUUGCCCAGGGAGCCUGCUGCUUACCAUGAAGCAUUAUAUCCUGCAAGCUCGACUGCUGCUGCCCCUCUGAGCUUGACCUCUGCUGCCCCUCUGUUUUAUUGAUAUUGAGCAUGGUUUCCAAAAAACUCUAAUCAACAUCUACAUGAGUAAACUCUUCGGUAGUAAUUUCUGUAAUUUGAAGAAAUUGAAUGUUUGACUUGAAUUCCUUAUCUCUGAGAGUUUAUGGUAUAUGGAAUUGUGUAGGACAACAUAGAUGCUUAAGUUCUUGCGCACGAAUAUCCAGCUUGCUUUAUCAUCGGGAAUGGUUUUAUUUUUUAGUUAUAUUGCAGCUA